AUGGGCGACGACGGACGUCAACCGCCACAGGACACGUACGAAGAUUUACACGAGGAAGAGGUGUUUGCGGAGGAAAUGGCACCGGCGCAACCCGAAUCUAUUCGAUUGGAUCGACGCGAUCUACGGAGCAUUCUGGACGCUAUCAGAGUUACGGACCCCAGGCUGAGCGAGUUUCUCGAAUCCGUGAAACCCAAAGAGGAGUCUACUUCAAGGAAGAGAAAAGCGGCUCCAACCCCUCCCUUUCGAAAGCGGGAAGCAGCUUGGCCACCUGCUUCCCGCUCUUUACAACCCACUAUGGAUACCAACCGUAUUUCGAAAGAAGUCGCAUGCGCAGACAGGAGUACUCCCCGCCGCAUCGCUCGGAUUACAGAUUCCAGCGGGAACUGGACAGAAGAAAGAGCGAGUGUAGGACCUGUGGACAAGAAGGUCACUGGUGGCGAGACUGCCCGAAAAGAAAAUAACCUACUUUCGAAGAGAGCUAUCCGUCGUGUUCCAGCCAGCCAGCGCCCCUCUCUGCACAUUCACCCUCUAUCUGUCGCGACAGCUCAUCCUGCUCUCAUGCAGUCGACGUCGUUAGAGCCGAUCUCACUAAGGCAGGGUUCUUCUUCGCUGAAGAGAAGUGCAGCUGGACCCCGGCACAAAAAUCAAGCUGUUUUCCUUGCCCCAACACAGCUGGAGUCGACGCAUUCGAUCAGUCAUCGGCUUGGACGGAAGGUCUCCUAUGCACCACGCUUCUCCGAGGGAGCAGCUCUGACAGCCAUGGCGAACCGACUAGACCUGAGGACUAUCGGCUCAGUGAUCUCCAACGCAUUGCAGACGGAUAGGGCCACAACUACGAUCAAAUCAUACAAAGCUGAAUUGCAAAGAUUCAUCGCUUGGAAGGAAAGUACAGGAAUUUCACCACUGCCCCUCCCAAAAGCUAGGAAUCUCUACUUGGCAAAAUGCGCUUUCGAGGGAAGGAGCAAGUCCUUGCCGAUCCUCGUCGCGUCACUCAACUAUUUCUGCGGAUCCUUAUCGGGAGCAGACUUAGAAAUCCAACGUUCCAUCUUAGAAGCGGAGCGCAGAACAGCCCCGGAGGUGAAGCAUCGACCCAAAAUAGAUCAGAAAUCUAUGCGAACUUUGGUUCUGGAAGGCCUUUCGUCAACAGAUGCUAAGGGGUGGCGCGGCUUCUCUGGCUCUCAGUUUGGGCUGCGAGCAAGCUACAGUGAUGCAAGCCGUCUUCGCUUUAACUUUCUUGAAGAAAGUUCAAGUAGCAGAAUAAUUGGCAAAAAAUACAUUACAGCGGCAGGUCCUCGUGGAGAUGAAAGUUCCGAAUAUCAUCGCGACUGCGAAAAAGCUCCGCUCCCAUUCUAUAGGGCUCGCCAGGUCACAUCAGCUGCGGUGCGAACACAACCACUCAAUCUGCUCUUGGCUUCAGCGUUGUCCGACAAACAUCGUUUCGUCCCGUAUUUAGGAACGUCUCGCCUUUGUCCAAAAUACGGAGCGGAAGCAAAGUCGAUAAUUCGCAAAGUCAGAGAAUUUUUCGAGGAACUCAAAGUAGCAAUGGCAGGGACGUGCGCACGCGUCAUAUUCCAACAUCCUCGAAAAUUAACGGCUUCAGCAUGUGGUGUGUCUGAAGACGUAGUAAAACGCAUUCCAGAAGAUGUACAUCAAGCCGCAAAAAGGUCUGGAGCAAGCAGGAGACCACCACUAUCCAAAAAACAAAGACGCCAAAGAACGCUCAACAAAUAUGGAGAGGAAUGGGGCGAGAAGGUAAAGCAAGCUAUACACGGAAGACUUAGGAACGAAGAAGACGUUACUAUAACUGAGCUUCACUCCCUCCUCCAAGCAGAAUAUAACAACUUCUGCAUGUCGCGCACCACCCUAUAUGAGCUUGUCAGAGCUUUAGGGUUCUCCUACAGAAUGAAUGAUGAUCAAAAAGUCAUUUAUCAAAGAGCUGAUUUGAUCCAAAAGCGCUCGAAAUAUCUGCAACUGAUCGAAGAGGCUAGGGAGCACGGAGAUUGCCUAAUAUACACCGACGAAACUUGGAUUUUCUCCGGCAUGGUCAAACCAAGAGGAUGGAAUGACAACAACAUUCCAAGAUUCGCACCGAAAGAGAUGCUGGAAAAAUAUUCAUGUGGUAGGAGCGUUGGAAAAAAUAAGGGUGUCAGGGCAAUAGUGAUCGGGGCGAUGGCGGAGGACGGAGUGAUACCAGGAUGCACAAGAAUGGUCAUCUGUGGUAAAAGGGAUGAGCGUGAUGAUUAUCACGAAGACAUGAAUCAUGAGCUCUUUGAAGAGUGGCUAGAGCACUCCAUCCCCCACAUGAAGAACUGGGCAGGAGAAAAACGAGUUACACUAAUCAUGGAUAACGCAUCCUAUCACAGCAGACAGAUUGCAAAAAUACCCAGCACCAGUUCGACCAAAGCAGAAAUAGCUGGAUACUUGUCCUCGAAGGGUGUCACAGUGAGAAAUGAUGUUACAAAAGCCGUCCUUCUGGAUCAGCUUCACGACUACAUAGAGGCCAGAGGGGGUCGAGACGCACUUCGAGAGUAUGCUGUGGAUCGCAGGUGUGCCGAAUUAGGAGUCAACUUGAUACGUCUGCCACCGUUCCACUGCACCUUCAACCCCAUCGAAAAAUGUUGGAGCCAGCUGAAGGCUCAUUUAACUAAGUAUGGUAAAGUUACGGAUAAAAUCGACACGGUAAGAGCAAGGGCAGUGCAAUGGAUGCGUAGCGUACCUCCGUCGUUCACAUCAGCUUGGUUCCGCUUUGCACGAAAAGAAGAAGCUGCAGCACGUUCCAAGGAAGAAAUUGACCGCGCAGAGGAGAGUUCGUCGGAUGAUACUUACGAAUCCUCUGAAGAAGUCGAAGAGGAAGAAGAUCAAGAGGAUGAACUGGAGUGA